AUGAAUGACACGCAAACAUCCAGAGAUGAAGAUUUUUCUCCAGGAUCCAGUUCAUUUCAGCAGAAGAGAUCAGAACCAGAGUCCAGCUGUGUGUCUAUGAGGAGUAACGCAUCUGUGAAUGAGCCAUUAGAUUAUAAGAGUGAAGAUACAAAGACUGAUCUCAGGCAUGAAGUCCUCAACAUGUUUAGAUCAAAUCUAAUGAAGAAGUUUGAGCGUCUGUAUGAGGGAACAGUGACGCAGGGAAACCCAACACUCCUGAAUGAGAUCUAUACAGAGCUCUACAUCACAGAGAGUGAGAGUGGAGAGAUCAAUAAUGAGCAUGAGGUGAGACAGAUUGAGACACAAUCCAGGACAGCAGCAACAGAGGACACAGCCAUCAAAUGCAAUGACAUCUUUAGACCUUUACCUGGACAAGACAAAGCCAUCAGAACUGUGCUGACAAAGGGAGUCGCUGGCAUUGGGAAAACAGUCUCUGUGCAGAAGUUCAUCCUGGACUGGGCUGAAGGGAAAGAGAAUCAGGAUGUCCAGCUCAUAUUUCCACUUCCUUUCAGAGAAAUCAACUUGAUGAAGGACAAAACACUCAGUCUUUCAGAUCUUCUUCAUGUCUUUUUCCCUGAAACUAAAGAAAUGGAAAUAUCCAGUGAUGAAUAUAAAGUGUUGUUCAUCUUUGAUGGUCUGGAUGAGUGUCGUCUGUUUCUGGAUUUUCAGAGCAAUGUGAGGUUGUGUGAUGUAAAUGAAUCAGCCUCAGUGGACGUGCUGCUGAUGAACCUCAUUGUGGGGAAUCUGCUUCCCUCUGCUCUCAUCUGGAUCACCUCCAGACCAGCAGCAGCUGAUCUCGUCCCCUCUGAGUGUGUCCAUCGAGUGACAGAGGUACGAGGCUUCAAUGAGCCACAGAAGGAGGAAUACUUCAGGAAGAGAAUCAGUGAUCAGAGUCUGGCCAAUACAAUCAUCUCACACCUGAAGUCAUCAAGGAGCCUCUACAUCAUGUGCCACAUCCCAGUGUUCUGCUGGAUCUCAGCCGCUGUUCUGGAGAAGAUGUUGAGUCAAGCAGAGACUGGAGAGAUUCCCAAGACUCUCACUCAAAUGUACACACACUUCCUGGUCCUUCAGACCAACAUCAAACAUGAGAAGGACUAUGAGAAAAAGGUGAUGGAUGAAGACAUGAUCCUCAAACUGGGGAAAGUGGCUUUUCAGCAGCUUGUGAACCUGAUCUUCUAUGAAGAAGACCUGAGAGAGUGUGGCAUUGAUGUGACAGAAGCAUCAGUGUACUCAGGAUUGUGCACUCAGAUCUUCAGAGAGGAGUUUGGCUUGUAUCAGGGGAAAGUCUUCUGCUUUGUUCAUCUGAGCAUUCAGGAACCUCUAGCAGCUCUAUAUGUGCACCUCUCCUGGACGAACAACAACAUAAAUGUGUUUGAGCCAAUCACCAGAUAGAAAUUACGGUCUAAAGUGAAGGGCCAGUUUCAACUCUUGUUUAAACAUGUUUCAUUAUCUGAGCUGCAUCAGAGAGCUGUGGAUGAGGCUCUACAGAGUAAAAAUGGACAUCUGGAUCUUUUCCUGCAGUUCCUUCUAGGUUUGUCAGUGGAGUCUCAUCAGAUUCUUCUACAACGAAUAAUGACACUGAAAAGAAGCAGCUCUGACAGCAAUGAAAAAACAGUUGAGUACAUAAAGAAGAAGAUCAGGACCAUUGACUCUCCAGAGAAAUCCAUCAAUCUGAUUCACUGUCUGAAUGAACUGGGUGAU